AUGAGUCAGCAAUCAUUGUCACCUGGCGUUGCAUCUGCCUCGGUAUCUUUACAUGCCUCAUCUCCAGGCUUGGGGUCCGGGUCAGGGUUGGGGUCAUCUCCACAGCCCAGUACAUCUACAGGUCAACUGGUUAGUACUACUACUCCUCCAUUAAAGCCGGUUCAGUCGGUAUCGUUUGGGGAUUUGAAUAAUCAGGAACGAACUAGACGGUUUACCAUCACUUCUCAACCUUCUGCUGUCAAUGUAAUAAAUCAUGAGAAUGUGGUAUCACCCAAUAAUACGAGUACUAACGCCAAUAAUAUCAGUAAUACUGGAUCAGGAACUGGUCCUAACUCAGCAAAUGGAUCUAAUACCACAAGUACAACAUCAACACCAUCCAGAAAGACAAGUUUAACUAGUAGAAAGAAUUCCACUAGUGAAGUGUUAAGCUUUUUACCAAGAAACCCUACAUUUCAACCAACAAAGAAUCAACUGCAACAAGUACCUCAACAACCUAUAUUAACUAAUAUCAAUACCACUGGUUCUAAUUCAAACUCAUCUUCAAGAAUUAAUUCACCUCAAGUUCAAAACGAUGGAAUAACUCCUGUAGCUCUUAAGACAAGUUUUUCAUUUGAUAGUCAACAUAAUCAUUCACCUCAUCAAGUUCAAUUACGUAAACAGAAAUCUCCAUCUCCACCUCCAUCUGCUACAGUCACUCAUGAAACUAUACCUAUUCCUAUACCUAUACCGAUCCCUCCAUCGAAUAUAUCCUCGGCCUGCAGUUCUCAAGUGCCUUCACGAAAAUCAUCCAUUAAGCGAGGUUCAAGUACCAACUCUAAUUCUAUGCUUUCGGCCAAUACCAAGAAAACUGUAGUUGCAUCACCAGUAGGUCCACCUGUACCAUUCCAGCAAUAUUUAUCUAAAGAAGAUGAUGGAAAAUUCCAUAUUUUACUUGCAUGCACAGGAUCAGUAGCUACCAUUAAGAUUCCAUUAAUAAUUGAUAAAUUAUUUCAAAUAUAUGGAAAUUCUAAAAUCAGUGUACAAUUAAUAGUUACAAAGAGUGCCUCAUUUUUUCUUCGCGGUAUGAAACUUAAUAAAAAUGUAAAGAUCUGGAGAGAUGAAGAUGAAUGGGGGAAUUACAUUAAGGAUAUGGAUCAUACGGAAACUAUGUCUACUACUACCAGUACAGCUGGAAAUAAUAAAAAGAAAUAUAAUCCAUUUGAUAAGUUGAUCUUACAUAAUGAGUUAAGAAGAUGGGCAGAUAUAAUGUUAAUUGCUCCACUUUCAGCUAAUACUCUAGCUAAGAUUUCUAAUGGGAUUGCUGAUAACUUACUAACUUCUAUAAUUCGAAGUUGGAAUCCCAGCACUAAGAAACCAAUCAUAGUGGCACCUGCUAUGAAUACGUUCAUGUAUACCCAUCCUAUAACUGCCAAACAGUUGAGUAUUAUUUCAAGUGCAGACUUUGGAAUUGAAGUAUUAAAGCCAGUAGAGAAAGUGUUGGUAUGUGGAGAUAUAGGAAUGGGAGGAAUGAGAGAAUGGACUGAGAUUGUAGAAAUAGUAAGGAGAAAAAUUCUGGUGAUUAAAGCUGAUAGAAAGGUAGAAGAGGCUGAGGCUGAAGCGGAGGCAGCAGCCGAGAGAGAUGAUGAUGAAGAAGGAGAAGAUGAAGAUGAAGAUGAUGACGAAGAAGAUGACGAUGACGACGACGAUGAUGAUGAUGAUGAUGAUGAUGAUGAAGACGACGACGAAGACGACGAAGAAGGUGAAGAUGAAGAAGAAGACAAUCCAGUCACAAGUAGUCAGGUCAAUCUAUAA